AUGGCGAGCUGUGGCGGGGCCGGGCAGGGGCUGCCCGAGGCACGGCGCAGCAUCGGCCCCGCUGACGGCAUCAUUGUCCCCUCACAGUGCAAGGGCGCCCUUGUGCCCCUGGAGCCGGCGCUGUUGUGGAAGGUUUCAUGGCCUGGCUUCCGCGGCGUCGUGCGGCUCCUGAACUGGUUCGAGGUACCCGAGGGCUUCGCGCUGCUCAUGGAGCGUCUGGAGCACCGUCAGCACCUCUGGUAUUUCCUGCACGAGCGGCAGUUCCUGACGGAGCCCAUGGUGUGGGGGCUGCUCUGCCAGGUGCUGGAGGCCGUGCGGCGCUGCAGCAGCCAGGGCGUCCUGUGCCACCACAUCAAGGCCGAGAAUGUCCUCGUCGACCUGGCCACGGGCGAGGUGAAGCCAAUCGACUUCGAGUGUGGCACAAUCCUCCAAGACACAUUCUACACCCCGAUGUCAGCCACCAUCUGGUCCCUGAGCAUCCUGCUCCAUGAGCUGGUCUGCGGGCACCUUCCUUUCCACACCAACGAGGACAUCGUCCAGGGCCAGCUCUUCUUCCCGCCCUGGAUGUCUCAAGGAGCCCUGCCUGGCCCAGGAGACAGCAGAGAUGCAUCCCUGUGCACAGUAGGAUCCAGGAGCCAGCAAGUAGCACCAGCACGUGUCUCGUGGCACUGGAAGAAAACCCCGGAGCGUUUCCCUGCGGCUGUGGCGUGGAGGAGAGGGCGCAGCCGAGGAGAUGCUUCCGCUGGUCCCCACGAGCUGUGGAGGGAGCGGAUCCAUGCUGCCCGUCCCAUUGGAGAAGUGGUGGCAGUGCGGUGA